UUGAUAAAUAGAUAAAUAUAAUAUAAAUAGAUUAUAUUGCAUUGCUGACUUUAAUUUAUACUGUAAAUUUUGAUACGUUUGAAAGUUGGAUAUAUACAAGGGAAUCAAAUACAGAAAUUGCAGAGAAAAUUCAGUUUUCCAAGACGGGGAAUUAAUCAUGGAUUACGCGGAACUCGCGUUACUUUUUUGCGGCGUAAUUUGGAUCAUCCUGCCGAUGUCAUUGUCGACCGAAGUCAACCUAACAGACACAAGAAAAGCCACUACUGAUCUGAACUGGGAUACAUUUCCAUCGGACGGAAGCGGGUGGAACGAGUUAAGCAACACAGAUGAGAACCAGGUUCCUCUCCGAACGUUUCAAGUUUGCGGGAUUCGAACACCAGGACAGAAUAACUGGUUUAAAACGAAUUAUAUUGAAUUAAAAGAAGGCGCGAAGAAUGUAUAUGUGGAGAUUAAGUUUACUAUAAGAUCAUGCGAAGACCUUCCAAGUGCUGCAACGUGCAAAGAGACUUUUAAUUUAUAUUAUUUGGAAUCAGAUUCGCCAAGUUCUGGGAAGCACAGGAGCAUGAACCAUAAAGUUUAUAAGAAAAUUGAUACAAUAGCUGCUGAUAGACAACUCCAAGCUACCGAUACCGAGACAAGGAAGAUUGGACCGAUCAAGGGAAAAGGGAUCUAUGUUGCUUUUCAGGACACCGGUGCAUGUAUGAUCAUAUACUACGUUCGGGUCUACUACAAGAAAUGCGACCAAAUCACACAGAAUCUGGCAACAUUCGAAAGUACUCUGACCGGUCCUCAAGUCACUUCAUUUGUGAAGGUGACUGGAAAAUGCGUUACCAAUGCUAUAUCUACAGAUAAGAAUGAAAGAGGUCCAACUCUUCUCUGCAACAGCGAAGCAAAAUGGAAACUUCCUGAGGGAUCUUGCCAAUGUCUACCGGGAUAUCAACCGAAUGAGAACAAGACUGAAUGCACUGAAUGCCCAAUCGGUUACCACAAGUCUACAGUUGGGAACAGUCGUUGUAUGAAAUGCCCUAAGAACAGCGUGACAAUAAAAGAAGGCUCGCAGAAAUGCAUUUGCACGAAGGGAUAUUACAGAACGUAUAAAGAGAGCGCCAGGAGUCCUUGUACAAAACCGCCAUCGAAACCAGAGAGAGUACAAUACGUAGUGGAGGAUACGACAGUCGAUCUGACAUGGUCGCCACCAAAUGACAACGGAGGAAGAAGAGAUGUUUACUACAGUGUGUCCUGCUUCCGAUGUGACUCGACAUACUCUCUCUGUUCCGACUGUGCCGACAUCGUAGAUUACGAGCCGAGUGGACGAUAUCUGGUAGAACCUCGGAUUUAUGUUCGAGCAUUGUCUCCUCACACAAACUACAGAUUCCGCAUUUUCUCUUACAACGGAGUUUCAAAAACAAGCGGGCAAGAAGCGAUAUUUGCUGAAGCAUUGCUAAAGACCAGCGAAUCAGCACCAUCCGCCGUGAGGAACGUUCGCAUCAUAAAACGUACAACAUCUGAAAUAGACCUGAACUGGGAUUUUCCAGUUAAUGCACAUGGAAUAAUCCAAGGGUAUGAGCUUCAAUACUGGAGCGAGGGUGAUGGAAGGAUAUCAAGGUCAAAUAGAACGUCAGAAAGGUCAUUCAGAAUCAGAUAUUUGCCGCGUGGAACGACUUUCACAAUCCAGGUCCGUGCAAGAAAUGGCGCUGGUUUCGGGCCCUUUAGUCCUCCGGUGCCCAUGAGCACACUUGAUACUAAGGAAUUCCAUUUUCCAAAUCCUGCAAACAUUGGCGGUUCACCUUUCGUCGAACCACGUGGCGAUGUAGAAGAUAUGACGUCAUCAACUUCUGACGUCAUCACGACGGAAUAUCUCCCAGUGGCUCUUAUCAUUGCAAUAUCAAGCGCAUUGCUUAUAGUAGUUGUAGCCGCCCUUUUUGUGAUCAAACAAAGAAGAAAUAGGAAUCCGAAAUAUGGCUGCGCAGAUCUGGAAGUUUAUCCGUUUUUCGACAAUGCUGUAGAUCUCCUCCACGCCCAUCGUGAGCGUAGAUCCUUUGUUGAUCCAAGCACAUAUGGGAAUCCAGAUAAUGCCGUCCAUGAACUUGCGAAAGAGAUUGACCCGUUUAAUAUCAAAAAAGAAGAUCUAAUGGCAUCAGGCGAAUUCGGAGACGUAUAUAAAGGUUAUCUUCGUCCAACAAGCUUCAUUUAUGACGACACAAUAACAACAACGACGUCAAUAAGGUCAAGUAAUCUUCUGAUUGCAAUCAAAACCUUAAAGCAAGGAGCCACUGAACAACAGAAGCAAGAAUUCUUAGAAGAAGCGCUGGUUAUGGGACAGUUUCUUCACCCGAAUGUCAUACGAUUGGAAGGCGUGGUUACAAGGACCACGCCCCUUAUGAUAAUUACAGAAUAUAUGGCAAAUGGCGCGCUGGAUAAAUUCUUAGAGGAACGCCAUCUCCGCGGAAUUGAGCUAGAAGUCUACCAGCUUGUCAACAUGCUUCGAGACAUAGCCGAUGGGAUGAAAUAUCUUUCUGACAUGGGAUACGUUCAUCGUGAUCUCGCAGCAAGGAAUAUAUUGGUCAAUGAUCAGUUGAUAUGUAAAGUAUCUGACUUCGGACUAAGUAGAGAGCUAGAGAAUAUACAAGAUGAAGAUACAGCUAUUUAUACAACAAAGGGUGGAAUGAUACCAGUACGAUGGACAGCACCUGAAGCUAUCACCCAGCGAACAUUUACGUCAUCAAGUGACGUAUGGGGGUUUGGUGUCGUCAUGUGGGAGGUUCUAACUCACGGGGAAAGGCCUUACUGGGAAAUGACAAAUUCCGACGUUGUUCACUGCGUAGAAAACGGAUAUCGACUCCCUCCACCACCUUUCUGUCCCCGGAUUCUUCAUAAUCUCAUGUUAAACUGUUGGAAUAUGGAUCGAACAAGGAGACCCACCUUCACACAGAUAGUCUCACAGCUUGAUAAUAUUCUGACCAACCCAGAGAAACUUCAAGACACUAUAAACAAUAUUCCUCUUCACGAGCAAGCCGAAUGCAUCCCUGAAUCCCUCGAUUUGUCGUCUCUUGGCCAAUGGUUAGAAGACAUGAACAUGACGCAAUAUAAAGACAUCAUGCUAAGAAAUGGAUGUGUAACUGCUGAGCAAAUCAUAAGGCUGACGCCAAACAAACUUGAUGAGAUGGGAAUCACAGAGCAUACAACACAAAAUAUUCUUCUCAACGGAGCUGAGAUUUUGAGACAAAAACUUCAACAAGUUAAUGUCAUCGGUAUUGGAGUGACAGUAUAGUUUGUCUCGAUUUCGAGGGAUUCAUAUCAAAUUCUUAGAAAGAGACGUAAAAGAUCUUUGGGUCGUUGUUCGGCUUUUAUCUGAACUGAUCGAACUAGCUAUAACUUACAAAUAAUAAUUCUCGAGUAGAAUACUUCUACAAGUUAUGAGAAUUAAAAGUCGUUACAGUAUAGUAUGGCCAUAAUUCAGGAGAUAUUCAAAAAUCCCAUGAUGCAGACAUCGAGUCUGAGACACACGGGUCCGGAAAACGAUGAAAUUUAUAAAUAGAGAGUCUUUGGGGUGUAAAAAGCGUGUAAGGAUACGAUGCAGAAAAAUGCUGUGAGUCAAAUAUCCUGAAGGGAACACUUAAUAUAUCUCGCUCGGAAUUGCAAGCUUAUCCAAAAGUUAUUCAUUAUUGUUGCUCAUGAAUUUCAUUUUUAUUACAUUUUUUUUAUCUAGAUAGUAUUUUAAAGGGUUGUUGAGACUAAAAAGUAAUGAAAGUCUAAAAUCUUUUUCAUUGGAUUUAAAUUUGAAUAUUUUCGUGUGAGAUCAAAAUCUAUUUACCUAAAUUUUGAAAACUAAUGUUGCACUAUUACCGUUUUUCCCACAUUAAAAUAAGAUCCAGUCGAUAACGUGAAUUUUUUUUGAUCUAGUCGAUAGCAAGAAAUCUCUCCUGCACGUUUUACAUGAUUGGCCAUUUUCGAAUAAUCUUUGUUUAGCGUUUUUUUUUUAAAUAUAAACGUGUUAAUUAUAAAAAAAAAUGGAUAUAGAUUUUCAUGUUUUAUAUAUUUGAAAAUCUAGUAAUGCUCCACUUUGUAAUUUUUUUUUCGAUAAGUGUCCCAUUGUUAUUUUUUAAAGGAAAAUUGAAAUGAGACCCUGUCCUAUUUUCAGAAAACACGAUAUUAAGAUUAAUAUUAAUUCACAGUAAAUCUACGGUAUCCUGUAAAAAGUCGGUAAAAAUUUAAUUUUGUUUUUGUCACUUUCCAUUUUGUUUAUCUUAGCUUAGGUUCCUACUACUUCUUCAUCAGUUCGUAUUUAAUGUUUUCAUUUUUUAUUAUUGAUUUUAAUGUGCAAUUUUCUAUAAUAAAAGCAGUAUUUCCACA